UUGUUGUCUCCCUUCAAAAUUCAGGUAUUUAGAUGAUCUCUGGCCUUCAAAACCGUACUACUCAUGGAACGAACUUAUUGUCCAACUCUCUUUUCUGUGACUGCACUACUUUUGAUACAAUAUUGUUGCAUGCAGGCUAGCUUAGCCAUUAAUAAUGCAGCAACCAAUAUUACCACAGAUCAAUCUGCCCUUCUUGCCUUGAAGGCUCGUAUUGAUUUCUACAAUCCAAACAAUGUUUUGGCAAACAACUGGUCCACCAAUGCUCCUGUCUGCAACUGGAUUGGUAUUUCUUGUGGUUCUAGACAUCAUAGAGUUACUGCCUUGAAUCUUGCUCAUAUGAGACUUGAAGGCACUAUUCCUCCUCAUCUGGGAAACCUUUCCUUUCUUGUUCGCCUAAUCAUAAGAAACAACAGUUUUCAUGGCUCUUUGCCCCCCGAGUUGUCUCUUCUUCGUCGUUUGAAAGUCUUCAACUUUGGAUCCAAUAAAUUAAACGGUGAAAUCCCAUCAUGGAUCGGGUUGUUAACCAGACUUCAAUCUUUGUUCCUUUAUGCUAACAGUUUCACAGGUUCAAUGCCCUCUAUGAUCUCCAAUCUGUCUUCACUGCAACUCCUUGAUCUCAGCUCUAAUAGACUGUCUGGUAGACUGACGAUGGAAAAGUUUGAUAAUCUUCCCAACUUACUUGCCAUUUCUGCCACUUAUAAUCAAUUUCAUGGUGAACUUCCUUCCACUUUAUACAACUGCAAGCAGCUACAAAUUUUAUCUCUAUCGGUUAAUAAUUUGUCUGGAAGAUUACCCCCUCAGAUUGGGAACUUAACUAUGCUUACACAGUUAUUCCUUGCCUAUAACAACUUUGAAGGUGCAAUACCAAGUGAAAUUGGUAAGCUACAAAACCUAGAGUCACUCAGUCUCUUUCACAACAGCUUUGAGGGUCCGAUCCCACUUGAGAUCUUCAAUAUCUCUACAAUACAAAUGAUUUCAAUGCCAAUGAAUAAGCUCUCAGGCCGGCUUCCAUCAAGUAUAGGCCUUUUCCUUCCAAACCUGCAACAACUUUUUCUUGGACAAAAUCAACUAAGUGGACCGAUUCCCAGCUCUAUCACCAACGCUUCACAACUCACUAAGUUGUAUUUGACUAAGAACUCAUUCUCAGGAUUGAUUCCUAAAUCACUUGGGAAUUUAAGGCUCCUCCGAGUGCUCAAUUUACCAUUCAAUAACUUGACUGUUGAGUCUUCAGAAUUAAGCAACCUUUUCUUUGACUUAUCAAAUUGCAUAUACCUUGAGUCGUUAGAUCUCUCAGAAAAUCCACUGAAUGUCAUUCUUCCCAGUUCCAUUGGAAACCUCUCUACUUCUCUUCAAAGAUUUAUACUGGGGAAUUGCAAAAUUAAGGGGAACAUUCCCACGGACAUUGGCGAGUUCAAUAACUUGGAUACUUUGGGCCUAUACAACAAUGAGUUGACAGGAUCUCUUCCAGCUACACUAGGAAAAUUGUACAAGUUGCAAGGUUUGUACCUUGAUCACAAUAGACUUGAGGGUCUAGUGCCAUCCAAUAUAUGCCAUUUAAAGACCUUAUUCGCAUUAUAUUUGGAUCAUAAUAAGCUUUCGGGACAUAUUCCUACGUGCAUAAGCAAUUUGACUUUUCUAAGGGGACUCUACUUUAGCUUUAACCAAUUAACUUCUACUAUUCCUUUGAGCUUAUGGAGCCUUACUGAUCUCUUGGAAAUCGACUUAUCAUCAAAUUCUUUCAAUGGCUCUCUAUCGUGGGAGAUUGAAGAUAUGAAGGUCUUGACAAAGCUUGAUAUAUCAAGAAAUCAACUAUCAGGUGGUAUCCCAAAUAUCUCUUUCAAAGACAUGGUCUAUCUCUCAUUGGCAAGGAAUCAAUUAGAAGGCUCAAUUCCUGAAUCUUUCGGUGAAAUGGUGAGCUUAGUGGUCUUAAAUCUUUCUCAUAACAACUUAUCAGGAGAGAUUCCUAAGUCCUUAGAAGCACUGCAAUAUCUCAAAUUUCUCAAUGUCUCAUUCAAUAGACUACAAGGAGAAAUUCCAACAGGAGGACCAUUUGUAAAUCUCACAGCUGCAUCAUUUUUGUCAAAUUAUGCACUAUGCGGCGCUCCCCAACUACAAGUUGCUCCAUGUAAAGAAGUUCAUCAUCAUCAUCAUCAUCGACGUAUAUUGAUGUAUGUAUUACUAAUUGUAGGGUUAACAAUACUUGUAACUUUCCUUGUAAUAGUCAAGAAAAGAUGGAGGAAAAGGAAUGCCAUCAAAUCUCAAGUCGUGGAAGAAUUGUCACUUCUGGCGACAUGGAAAAGAAUUUCCCACCUAGAACUUCAGCCAGCAACUGAAGGGUUUAAUCAAGACAACUUAAUCGGCAAAGGUAGUUUUGGGUUUGUAUAUAAAGGAACACUCUCAGAUGGGAUGGAUGUUGCAAUAAAGGUUUUAAACUUGGAAGUAGAGGGAGGAUUCAAAAGUUUUGAUGCAGAGUGUUUGGUAUUGCGCAAUAUUCGUCAUCGAAAUCUUGUCAAGAUCAUCAGCGCAUGUAGCAGCAUGAACUUCAGAGCCUUUGUACUGGAAUAUAUGCCUAAUGGGAACCUUGAGACCUGGUUGUACAACCGUUGUUUGAAUAUGUUGCAAAGGCUAAAUAUAAUGACUGAUGUUGCAGCAGCACUAGAAUACCUUCAUUUUGGGCUUUCAUCACCUAUUAUUCAUUGUGAUUUGAAGCCUAGCAAUGUCUUGUUAGAUGCAGAAAUGGUCGCACAUGUUGCUGAUUUUGGAAUGGCCAAACUCUUAGAUGAUGGAGAUUCUCUCACACGAACCAUGACUUUGGCUAGCAUGGGGUAUAUGGCACCAGAAUACGGAUCAGAAGGAAUAAUUUCGACAAGAGGUGAUGCUUAUAGCUAUGGCAUUUUAUUGAUGGAGAUUUUCACAAGAAAGAAGCCUACAGAUGAUAUGUUUUCUGGAGAAAUAAACUUGAAAAGUUGGGUAGAGGAAUCGUUACCCCUUUCAAUAAAUGAAGUUGUUGAUACUAACUUGUUGAGAAACGAAAGGGAUUAUGCUGCUAUGGAGGGUUGUUUAUCAUCUGUUAUGAGAUUGGCUUUAAUUUGUUGCGCAGAUUCACCUCAAGAGAGGAUGGAUAUGAAAACUGUUUCAGUCACACUCGACAAGAUCAAAUCAAAGUUUCUACGAGAUACCGAAGCAGGGGGUUCUACCAAUGAUAGUUUAUUGAUGUGAGAAUAUCAAAUUAUAUGUUACAGCUUUUCUGUGUGUUGUGGCCUUGCAAAUAACAUUACAGUCUGAUUGGGACUGCAUGUCCUAAAACUAAAGACUUGUUUACAGUAAUUACUUUGUAGAAUGAAUAAUUUUAUGUGAGAGUUUUUACGCUA